GAAAUUUAGCUGCGAUUAUUCUUGUUUUGUUUUUGCCCCACCCAAUGCAAUACCUGCUCUACCUCUGAUCACAAGCCUCACUUUCUCUGACAGAGCAAAGACAGAAGGUAUUCUUAUUGUGCCUCUAAACUGCCAAGUAAAUAAUCCGAAGGUCAAAGAAAGUAAAUCAAUGAAAAGGUGACUGAACACUGCUGUCACAAUGGGUGGUCCCAGAACUUCCAUCCAAGUUCUGCUACUCUCAGCUGUCAGGGUUGUUGCUCUGUCAGUGCUGAUCUCUGCAAUCCCUACAGCAUCAGAGAUAUGUUCAUCGACAUCUGAUAACAGCAAUCCCAAUUCAACCAAUGGUUACCAGGACCCUUGCCAUGUAGCAAAUCUGCAAAAUGCCAGUCACGGAAUAUCAGCUGCAGUGGACACACUGCUAUCCUGCAAAAGGGGGAAAAAUGGAAGCUUAUCAGCAGAUGAGUCCAUGGAGCUGGAACAAAACCUCAGAAAGAUUCAGGAGUUGACUUUAAAAGUCUUCUUUGACCUGCGAAAUACAACAUUAGGUCCAGGUUCACUGACAUCUGAAAACAGCAAUCCCAAUUCAAGCAGUGGUUACCAGGGAACCUGCCAGGCAGUAAAUUUGCGAAAUGCAAGUCACAGAAUAUCAGCUGCAGUGGUCACUCUGGCAGAGGAGCUAUCGUGUAAAAGUGGAAAAAAUGGAAGCUUUUCAGAAGACCAGUCCAUGGAGUUGGAACAAAACCUCAGAAAGAUUAUGGAGUUGACUUUAAAAGUCUUCUUUGACCUGGUUUGUUUUUUUGUUUAUGGAAUUCAAUGUAUUUUUAUUACUGACUGAUAAGGCAGACGGCAUUGCGUCGCCUCACUGCAAGAAAUAAAUAUUUCUUUGUA